AUGGCCGAAUCGUUCAAUCUCCCCCUUCGUCCGCUGGUCGAGAAGCGCGAUCGCCCCGAUUCUCUUCCCGUCGAGAUCGCCCAGAUCAACACCCAAUGGGGUUCCUUCCGUGAUGUCAGCGAGAGCGCCCUGCGCGAGAAGAUCGAAGCCGAGAAGAACAAAGACUGGUCCGACGAAGAUGACAGCGACAAGACGGCGACCGAUCUGGAUACCGCCGAGCGGGUGGAUCAGCUGUAUAAGCGACGCGCGGAUAUCACUCAGCAAGCUCACAUGGAAACGAUGUUCGCUCUCGACUUUGUCUCCCUCCUCCUCUCGAAACAUACGCCUCGCCAGUCCGAAACGUCCAUGUCCGCCUACCUGAAACAAGUUGCGCCGCUGGGCUCGCUGAACGGUGAAAUCGUGGAACCUCCGCCCAAACCCGACUCGGUUCUGAGGGAUACAAAGACGGUGUCGCGUGGGUGGCGGAUGCAGAAUUUCAACUCUGCGGCGAACAAAUUGCUCGAUUGCGCUUCGCGGCUCGAUUCUGAAGUCACCUCGGAGACGAAGUACUGGAAUGAAGUCCUGGCGGUGAAAGCGAAGGGGUGGAAGGUGUGCCGAUUGCCUCGGGAGCGGCAGGCUCUGGGUGUGCAGUAUGGGUUUAUGGAAUCUACGCCGAUAUUCCGCGAUCGCGCCCUGGCAGCUCUACGCCGUUUGGACGACGGAAGCUUGAUCCUGGACAAAGGCCUGGUGCCGACCAAGGCGAAAGCGGUGCGGGUACGCGUGAGAACCCAUGGGCAAUUGACCGGAUGCUCGACGCUGCCCAAGCCAGCAUCAAACGCCGAGACAAUUGAGGGCCGAAUUCUCCAGGCGCGAGACACGCUCUACGAGGAGGAAUUGUUCCACGAGUUGUUCCGCGAGGCUCGAAUCUUGGGUGGCCAGGGAGUCACCACACGACGCAACCUGAUUCAGAUCCCCAUCUCUGAGGACCAGAAGGUUUUACUGGACCUCGUUGAUACCGACCAGGACCCAUCCUCUGACGAGGAGCAAGUUUCAUCGACUGAGCAUAACGUGCUUGCCGAUGCGCUGGGCCAUUCCACUAGGGUCCUUCUCUCGUAUUCUCACCGACAAAACCUACGCCGCAGGACGCAGCUCCCGCCACCGCUGACCCCCAAGCGCCGACACACGCCAGAAUACAGCCUCCUGCGCCCGAUCAUGGCCUACCUUCAGCACAACUCCCAUGUCCGAUGGCUGGAAUCCCAUAUGAAUGACGUACAUCACAUUCUGAAGUCCGCUGGCCUCGGCACUGAAUUCACGGCGACACCCUUCUCAUCCGUCGGCCGUCUGUCUCCGGAUGUCUCUAUCCCUAAGGUCGAAUCUUUGAUCCGCACGUUCCUGAUGCCAUUCGAAUCAACAUUCACCGGGAAGCUGGUUACCGCGCAGAGUACAUUCAAAGUGCGCAUUCGCACCAAUGUGGUCUCGCCGCCCCUCGGCACCCACUACGAGAUCUCGGUCAACAUGCCACAGUUCCCCGAAGUCCAGCCUCCAAACCGUAUCAACAUCCGGGACGAGGCCGCGCGCGUGCUGACCCAUUUCACCAUGCUUGACCUUCUCUCCGCUAUUUCGCAGAACUCAUCCACCUCUGAUGCACAGCCGGCCGCCAAUUCGUCGGAGCGUCUGGUCUGGGAGGUGGAAAAUCCGCACCACGGCGAGCUGUUGGCCCGGUUGGAGACGGGAAAAGGUCGGAAGAUGAAAGUCAGCCUGUCUCGGAAGGAGCUGAAAGCCGACACAUACUCCAUCCACAACAAUCAGGGAUUUGCACGCGUUGGGGGUAAUACCCCAACAUUACGGUCGCAGAUCUGGAGCGCUGAACCCGCGUCUCCUGAGCGGUCCAGCUUGAUGGAGUUUGUUGCGGAAGCGUCGAAGCUUUAG